AUGUUGGAGAUCAUAACAGGUAGCCCUGUCAAACUCUCCUACAAAUUUCAUUCAGUAGCGCAAACGGAUCAAACAGAACCAUUGGAUUUAUCAAUAUCAAAAGUGAAAGAGAAAGGCAAUGCAUUACAAGGCUUAUCAAUGGAAAGAAUGGGUGAAGAAGAAAUUGGACUGCAAUUGCUUCAAACAAAACCUUUGGAUUUAUUGGCUUCAAAAGUGAAAGAGGAAGGAAAUAAGCCACAAGGCUUAUCAGUGGAGGGAGUGGCUAAUGAACGAAUUAAACCGCAGCAACAGCUUGUUACAAUGGAAACAGUGGAGUUCGUGGAUAUGAAAAGACAUAUGAUGAUUCAUACCGGUGAAAAGCCGUACAGUUGUCCGAUAUGCAGGAAAAGUUUCACUGAACCCGGUAAUAUGAAAAAACAUAUGAUGAUUCAUACCGAUGAGAAGCCGUACAGUUGUCCGACAUGCAAAAAGAAUUUCACUAUCUCCAUUAAUCUGAAAAAACAUAUGAUGACUCAUACUGGUGAGAAGCCGUACAGUUGUCCAAUAUGCGGGAAAAGUUUCACUGAUCCCAGUAAUAUGAAAAGGCACAUCAUGACUCAUACCGGUGAGAUGCCGUACAGUUGUCCAAUAUGCAAAAAGAAUUUUACUCAGUUCAGUAAUAUUAAAAAACAUGUGAUGAUUCAUACCGGUGAGAAACCGUACAGUUGUUCAAUAUGCAAAAAGAGUUUCACUCAGUUCGGGGAUAUGAAAAAACAUAUGAUGAUUCAUACCGGUGAAAAGCCGUACAGUUGUCCGAUAUGCGGAAAAAGUUACACUCGAAGAUACACUUUGCAGUCUCACAUGGUAACUCAUGACAUGAAUAGACCUGUUUACCACUGUACUGUAUGCAGUAAAGAUUUUCAGACUAAAACCAGUUUGAAAUUUCACAUGCGGAAUCAUUAA